AUGGUAAAGCUUCAUACCAAACCAAUAGUGGAAUAGAGUUAUUAAAAAGGCUACUAUUACGUAAAUAUAACUUGUUAAGGAAACCCAACUUAUUAUCGAGUAGACUUUUUCAUAAGAAAAGGUUACUAUGAUAUUCACUAUCAUGUAUGCAACACAUCCUGCAAGAGUUAAAAAAAAUUAUUUCCAUCUGAAAAUAAUGUUAUUAAUAAUGUAUUCUGCAUAAUAAAGUACAAAUAUAAUACCAUGAUCUGCAACAUUAAUAAACAUCAGCCAAGAAUCAUUCUUAGCACUUUCACUGAGAGUUGGAUAUAUGCCAACCCAAAAAAGAAGAAAAAUUGUUAAAGAAGUAGCAAAUCCAAACUAAAAGAUGAAAUGCUCCAACUUCCAAAGACCUUAUAAAUUUUUUUAUUUGACUCUAAAAUAUAUCAUAUCAAUCAAAGCAAAUAUCAAAUAGAAAUGGAGUAAGUUGACUCCCCAUAGAGUUAAGUAUUAAAAAUUAGUAACUAAAUAAAGGAAAUUCACUUCUGUUGA